AAAUGUGUUUGUCCCGGUAAUGUCAUUUGGUACUGCUUCAGCCAUAAAUACCAUGCGGGCGCUGCGUGAGACAGAUUGGGCGUUACAUUUAGCUUUCAUCUAGAACACUUAUUCAGAGCCAACUAGCACCUUUCCAAGCCUGGUAUUGCAGGCCACACAAUUGAUUCUAUUUUUCCCGAAUCGAGACCCGACUCACAGCACCGACACCGAUUCGCAAUCCUGAAUAUCAUCGCCAACCCAAAUAAAUACUCAAACACAAGACUUGUCGUCGCAGACAUGGACAACAGCGGCGACGAUGAAACGGUGCCCACCUACACCGAGACCGACGAGGGCGACCUCGUCAUGGCCGCCUUCAUCGCCGACGCCCUAGCGACGGCGAGCCCCGGGCCAGAGCGCGACGGCGACAACAACGACAACGGCGACAGCAGCGCGCUGCCGGAGCGGUUCCGCGACCUGCCGCUGCCGCUCACGCAGUACCCCAUCGCCGGCCACGACUGGCAAGGCGCACCGCGGGUCGCGCUGCUCACCGACUCGUCGCUGCCGGCGGAGCUGCAGACGCAGGUGCAGCUGAUCGAAGCCCUGUACCACGCGGUGCGCCACAAGAACGAUGAGGUAGUGACGGCGCUCGUCUCGCGCGGCCUCGUCUCGCCUGACGUGCCUGACGCCGCCGGCAGCACGCCGCUGAUCGCCGCCGUCGCCGCGGGCAACGGCGCCAUGGUAUGCACGCUGGCACGCCUCGGCGCCAGCGUCAACGGCUACGGCACGUACGACGACGGGAACAGCCCAGCCACCCACCUCUACAAUUACCACCACUUCACCACCCUCAAGCAGCUCACCGAGCAGCAGCUGAUGCGUCAGCGCACGCCGCUCAUGGUCGCCGCCGCGCGCGGCAACCUCGCGCUCGCCAAGCUGCUCGUGCAGGACCUCGGCGCCGACGACGCGCUGAUCGCGCCCGACGGCCAACUCGCGCUGCGCCUGGCCGCCGACGCGGGGCACCGCGACAUCGUCGGCUUCCUGCCCGUGCGCCGCGGCGGCGGGUGGCGGCGCUGGCAGGUGACGCACGCCGUGGCGGUGCGCCGCAUCCGCCGCGCCGCGCGCAACAUCCUGCGCUUCCUGCAGUUCUUCGCCUGGGACGUGCCCAAGUUCGUGCUGUGGACCGUGCCCAAGCACGUCGUCGUGCGCCCGCUGUUCAAGAGCGCCCGCUACGCGUGGAAGAACAAGCAGCGCCUCGCCGCCUGGGCCGCGCGCCAGGCCAGGGCCCUCCCCGGGCGCGCCGUGCGCGGCGCCAAGGAGACGUGGCGCGUCGCGAAGAAGGUGCCGGGUGGUGUGUGGCGUGUCGCCAAGGCCGUCCCGGGCCUGCUACGGCGGCUGUUUCUCUGGCUCGGCCGUGUCGUGCGGCGAAUCCCCGCCGCGCUGCGCAAGGUGUGGGCGUGGGUCUCGCGGAGCGCCCAGCGGCUCGGCGGCGCCGUCGCGGGCGUCAUGCUGCGCAUUGCCGCGGCCGCGCACACAGCCGUCAUGGCCGUGCUGAAUCUGUUCCGCCGCAUCACGCUGCGCGACGUGUGGCAUGGCCUUGUCGGGGUGCUGCGCGCCGUGUUUGUGGAUUUCCCGUGGGCUGUCUGGGGGAUCCUGAAGGCCGCUGGCCACAUGGCGGUCGAUGUGUUUGUCGGGCUGUUUGGGUUCACUGCGCUGGUGAUUGUGACUAUCGCCCAGGGCCUGUGGUGGGUCUUCAAGUAUGUCCCGCGCCAGUUGUGGAAGAUUCUGCGCAGCAUUGGCAGCUCGUUUGCCAAGGGCUGGCACGAGGUGGCUGUGUGGUUCAACCCGAAGCACUAG